CUCCGCCCCCUCAUGACUGCUGCUGGAGCAGGGUUGGAGUGUGUGUGAGUGUGUGUGUGUGUGUUUCGGCACCAGGCUGCCGGACCGACAUAUUCGCAGUUGUUGAGGGGGUUUUAUUUGUUGUUGUUUUCCUCAGUAAAGAAAAUAAAAAUGGCAUCUGACGGCAUGGAUGAGCGCUCGCCCUUACUGUCAGCGCAAAACUCCGGCAACGUGACGCCCACGGCGCCGCCGUACCUCCAGGAGCCCAGUCCGCGAGCUGAGCUUCCUCCGCCAUACACAGCCAUUGCCAGUCCCGAUACAGGAGGUGUGCCAGUCAUUAACUGCCGAGUGUGUCAGUCUCUCAUAAACCUGGAUGGGAAGCUCCAUCAGCACGUCGUGAAGUGCACGGUCUGCAACGAGGCCACGCCAAUCAAAAACCCGCCCACUGGGAAAAAGUAUGUCAGAUGUCCCUGCAACUGCCUGCUCAUUUGUAAAGACACAUCCCGGAGGAUAGGAUGUCCUCGACCCAACUGCAGACGGAUCAUCAACCUGAGCCCUGUUAUGGUGAUCCCGGAGGAGCAACCCGCACAACCCGCACUUCCGAUUCAGCCAGAAGGCCUGCGCGUGGUGUGCGGCCACUGCGGCAACACGUUCUCGUAUUGGAUGGAGCUCCGGUUUAAUACGCUGGCCAAGUGUCCGCAUUGCAAAAAGAUCUCCUCGGUUGGCAGUGCUCUACCCAGGAGACGCUGUUGUGCCUACAUCACAGUGGGAAUGAUCUGCAUUUUCAUCGGAAUUGGAUUAACAGUUGGAACCCAAGAAUUUGCCGGCAGAUACCAUGCUACCUACGUGUCCUGGGCUUUUGCCUAUCUGCUCGGUCUCAUCUGCCUGGUCCGGGCCUGCUACUGGGGAGCGAUCCGAGUCAGCUAUCCAGAGAACACCUUUGCAUAGACGAAGCAUCCAUGUUCUGUUCGUUUAACCCCUUCUAGGAAUUUAUUUUAUCCUGAUUUUAACAGGUGUGCAUUUAAAUGGUCAUUCAAUGUAGGUGGGAUCUAAUCGAGGCUGGAAAUUCCAAUUGGGUUUGAUAUAAAUAUAUCUCAAUUGUCUGAUCAAAUAUUCUGAAAUCAGGGUGUUUUCGAUCAGUUGGGGGAAAUAAAUGAAUAAAUUGGUAUAUAUGCCUCGUGGAUGGUUGUAACUCCUACUGAAUAGACUGUGUGUGUUUGUGUGUGUGUGCGAGAGCUGCGAUUUGUUAAGGACUUGACCAAAAGGAACAAUUUGUCCAUUGCACUACGGUUUUAUGCAAAUAAUCCAAUUUUUAUUUUAUUAUUAUUAUUAUUUAAAUUUUUUUUUUUGCUGCUAGUUGUCAGCUGUAAAAAGCUGCACGUUGUGGAGUAUUGAAAGCUGCCCACCGCGUUUACGGUUAUAUAAUCUAAAACGUGCCAGUGUUCUCGUUCCUAUCUUUUAGGGAAGAAGAAUCAUCUCCGCGCUCGAACCCGUACCGUCGGAGGCGCUCCGGCGUACUGUGAAAAAUGAAUACGGCUUUUCGGAGUAAUAAUAAAAAAAAAAAACAAUAACACGGCAUGCUGACGAACGUCCGAGCUCGUCCUUCGACUCCGGCGGGACUUCAGUGUUUUGCAUGAUAUUCAUCUGAUUUAUUUUGUACCACAGAUCAGUGUUUCUCUGUCAGUUAAAGGUCACCGUGGAAGUGUUCGGCCCUGAUGUCCAGACUUCCUGUCUAUAAUGGAGGGGAAAAAAGCUAUAAAAGCGCCUCCGCUUCCUUGUUCAUGCUAAUAUCAUAGUAACUUACCUAAUUUUGACAUUGUGACCGGGCACAAAUCUAGUUUCUAAUCCUGCUCUGAAUGUGAAUAAGUAAAUAAAAAAAAAAGCAACGGUUUCUUUAUGUAUAGUUUAUUCAUCACAUCAGGACUCAUUUAAGUUGUAUGGUUUGGGUCUUUUUAGAAAUGGUACUUUACCAAUAAAAUAAAAAUAAAAAAAGAA